AUGUCACUUGUCAGAGUGAACCGUUAUGGUACCCGAGGAGGAGGAAGGAAAGCGCUGAAAGUAAAGAAGAAGAAAACGUCAGUGAAGCAAGAAUGGGAUAAUACUGUGAAUGAUCUUACAGUUCAUCGGGCAACUCCUGAGGAUCUGAUACGUCGUCAUGAAAUACACAAAUCAAAGAACAGAGCAUUAGUACACUGGGAACUGCAAGAAAAAGCUUUGAAGAGAAAAUGGAAGAAGCAGAAACCAGAAAUUUCUCAUCUUGAGAGAAGGAGAUUAUCUAUCAUGAGGGAGAUUCUUUCUGAUCAAUACCAGAUGCAGGAUGUUUUGGAAAAAUCUGAUCAUUUGAUGGCUGAAGCAAAAGAUCUAUUUGUUGAUUUUCCUCGUAGGCGCACAGGGUUUCCGAAUGUAACAGUGGCUCCUGAUUCCUCUCAGGGUCCCAUCGUGGUAAAUCAAGACCCUGUCACCCAGGCCAUUCUUAGUGAAUCUGUCUUAGAGCCUCAGGCUCUUAAUGAAGUAGAUGAUGAAGAAGGAACCGUUAACAGCCAGUCUGGAGAAAGUGAGAAUGAAUUGGAUAACUCUAUCAACUCUCUGUCAAAUACGAAUGUAGACAGGUUUCUCCACCAACUAAAGGAAGAUAAUUCUGACUUAAUUAAAAAAUUGUGGACUGAUAUUCAGCAGAAAAUAACAGCACAGUCACAAGUAACAACCCUUCCAGAAACUCCAUCAUCUGCUCCUCCAUCAGGGGAACAAAACGCUGCUCUGAAUGCUACCAAUGCUGUCAAGAGAAUCCACACCAGGCUUCAAUCUGAAGAAUCUACUGAGACUCUAGACUCAAGCUAUGUUGUGGGACAAGUGCUGAACUCAAGGAAGCAAAAACAGUUGUUAAAUAAAGUGAAAGGAAAACUGGAUUCUCAUGCUCCUUCCAAGCAGAAAAAGAGCAUACUAACAGCUAGCACAGCCUCCACAGACUUACCAAAUAGCAAUAAUUCCAGCCUGGAUGUCCUCAAACACAUGAUAAAUGAAGUGGAACAUGAAAUGGAAGAAUAUGAACGGUGUACAGGACGUGAGGUCAAGGGACUGCAAAGUAGUCAGGGUCUCACAGGCUUCACUCUGUCUCUGGUGGGCUCCCUCUGUCGCCUGGUUCGGUACCUUAAAGAGAGUGAGCUCCAGCUGCGUAAAGAAGUGGAGACAAGGCAGCAACUGGAACAAAUGUUAGGUGAUCAUCGAGAGCUCAUUGAUGCUCUUACAGCUGAAAUUCUUCUUCUCAGAGAAGAAAAUACCGCAACCCAGGCAAGGCUUCAGCAGUACAUGGUCACAACAGAUGAGCAACUUAUAUCGCUCACACAUGCCAUGAAGAACUGUCCUGUGAUAAAAAGCAAUGAAGAAAAUCAGGCAUCAGAAAGGGGAUCUACGAGUAGGAAAAUUAUAGACAGUCCAGAGGGCCCAGCUGUAAAUGCUGAUGUCUCUGUGCCGUUGGUGUUCCGAGGGGAAGAAGUGGCUGCAUUGGCACAGGAAGACUUGCCUGUUAAACUGUCUCAGGUGCCAGCCCCACCGGGUAGUGCGAACGUGGCCACCAGUUUUCCGGCACAUGUAUUUGAGCCAGCUGUGUUGUUAACACCACCCAGGCAGAAGAGCAGCUCCGGAUUCUCUCCCUUGCAGGAAGUAUUGAGGAGGACUGUUCAAACUCGCCCUGCUCCACAAAUUCCUCCAACUGUGGAAAUAAUUGAGAAGGAACAAAAUUGGGAAAGGAAGACUUUACCUACUGGCACAGACAAUCAGAAUCCAAAUGAAGAAAGUCACCUCUUCACUCAGAGGUGGAGGGUCUCUCACAUGGGGGAAGAUCUGGAGAACAAAGUCCAGGCUCCUUUUGUUAACCUCUCACAGCCCUUCUAUAGUUCCCAUUCACACACUCAGCAGGCCAGAAGCCCCGAGUUCUCAGAAGAGCCCCCGGUACUGGGAGAGGGGCAACAGCUUAGAGCAAAUGAGGCGUUAAUACAAAGAAAGGACAUCAUGGCCCGGAUCGCAGAGUUGACACUGCAGAACUCAGCUAUCAAAGCACAUCUGAAUAAUAUUAUUGGGCCAGGAGGAGAGCAAGGGGAUGGACUUCGGGAAUUAAACAAACAAGAGACCAGUCAUGCAAGCGACGUGGCUGCAACUUAUCCAACAACACAGCCUUUCACACCAAGUAGCAUGGAGGAACGGAUUGCAGAAUUGAAUCGGCAGAGUAUGGAGGCUCGUGGAAAACUCUUGCAGUUAAUAGAGCAACAGAAACUUAUUGGUUUGAAUCUUUCUUCCCCACCAGUAUCACCUAUUCCAUCACCUCUCAGAGCAUGGACUGAAGGAGGAAAGAGGACGAUUGAAGUAUCCAUUCCAGGAGCAGAAGCCCCAGAAAGCUCAAAAUGCAGUACUAUCUCUCCUACCAGUGGGAUAAAUUCAAGAAGGUCUUCAGGGGCUACUAGUAAUUCUUGUUCUCCAUUAAACGCCACCUCAGGAAGUGGGCGAUUCACUCCUGUUAAUCCAAGAGCAAAGAUUGAGAAGCAAAACGAAGAAGGCUGGUUUGCUCUUUCUACCCACGUGUCAUAAAUGAAGUUAGUUGUACAGUUUGUUCUUGGUAGCAUGUUCUUGAACUUCCACUCCCAUAUCCCUGCCCCUGCUUGCAAGUUUUCAUGUCCCUUUAGAUAAAACCUUCAAAGAUCUUGUGACUUAGUACUUAUGGAACAAAGAAUAAAGCAAUUAUUUCAGUUUGGACCUCUGCAAAUAAAUUUCCAACAACUAACC